UGAGAGGAGCAGUGGCUUUUAGCACAGCUAUCCUGAGCUUCUGUGGGUGUUCAUUAGUGGAAUCCAUAGCACGGCGCUAUGGGGAAGCUCUCCUGGAUAUUUUUAAAACCUCACGUACUCGAUAAGCUCGAUUCGUUUAGGAAAUGUCAAUAAAUGUGCUCCUUCGACCAGUUAUUAUUAUUUAUUUAUUUUGGCGAAAUAUUUCGCUAGAACUUGAGCCAUUGCUUUGAUAUUCCCUGUGCUCUCUGCAAUGGAGCCGCAAUCAAGCGUACUUCCGAGGAGAUGGCACCUCUGUUUUCUUGUCCUCCCAGCGAUGUGGAGUGUCGCUUCAGCUGUGACACGAUACUCCAUCCCCGAAGAAAUUCCAGUGGGCUCCGUGGUCGCAAAUAUCGCUAGCGAUUUGGGCCUUGACGCGCACAGCCUUGCGGAGCGAAAGGUAAAGCUGGAUUAUAUUCACAGCAAAAAAUAUUUAGAAAUAAAUAAAGACACCGGGGAACUGUUUAUCUCCGAGAAAAUCGACAGGGAGUAUUUAUGCCCCGCCAAAACAUCAUCGUUCUGCUUUCUUAAGAUGGAUGUGAUCAUCGAGAGUCCAAUACGCAUCUUUAAUAUCGAAUUGGAAAUUAUGGACAUUAAUGACAACGCGCCUCAAUUCAGGCGGGAAAGAAUACCCCUCGAUAUUUCGGAAUCCGCGACGCCCGGGGAGCGGUUCUCUUUAACGAAUGCAGUGGAUGCUGAUGUCGGAGAGAACUCUAUCGAGACCUAUUAUCUGAACGAGAGUGACGAGUUCACGAUUGAAAUUCAGUCUGGAAGUGAUGGAACCAAAUACGUUGACCUGGUUCUAAAAGCGAGUUUAGACCGAGAAAAACAAGCAGUCCAUACGCUAACGCUCAUCGCUGUGGACGGCGGCAUCCCUGCGCGGUCAGGUACAGCUAACAUUGUCAUUCAAGUGUUGGACACCAACGACAACGCCCCACAGUUUGAUCGACAAGUUUACUCCGUUGAUUUGAUCGAAAACGCGCCGACUGGGACGCUAAUUAUGCAGCUGAAUGCAACAGACUUGGACAAGGGUACAAACGCAGAAAUCAUAUACUCUUUCACUUUGUACACAUCUGAGAACACACAGGAGAAGUUCUCUCUCGAUCCCAGCAGUGGAGAAAUAAGAGUUAAAGAUGUGAUUGAUUUCGAAGAGGUUAAAAGCUUCGAGAUGUAUGUUGAAGCCAAAGACAAGGCGGUCAAUCCCCUGUCUGGUCAGUGUAAAAUAUUAGUGUUCAUCACAGAUCUGAAUGACAACUAUCCUGAAAUUACAGUCAAAUCUUUUCAAAGCUCAAUCAAAGAAAGUGACCCCAUAGGAACAGUGAUAGCUGUCAUCAGUGUGAGUGACAGGGACUCUGGAGAUAAUGGCAAAGUUGUUCUCUCAAUCCACAAUGCAGAAUCGUUACCUUUUGCAUUGAACAAGUCAUCAGAAGACUUUUUUGCAUUAACAGUUACUGAGACACUGGACCGUGAGAAGAUCCCCAAUUAUGACAUCACACUUCAUGUGACUGACAGAGGAACUCCACCUUUGACUGAUAAUGAAAUGAUCAAUGUUGUAAUUCAGGAUGUUAACGAUAACGCACCAGUGUUCCCCCAGGCCCUCUAUAACAUUCAUUUGAUGGAAAACAACGAGCCUGGGGCUUUAUUAGCCUCUCUCACUGCUCACGACCCAGACCUCCAUGAAAAUCAGUAUCUGGUUUACGUUAUCAUUGAAAAAGAGAUUGCCAACACAUCAAUGUCAAUGCUGUUUUCCAUCAAUCCAGAGAACAGCAACCUCUACGCUUUACGCACUUUUGACUACGAAAGGGAGAAGGAGUUUCUAUUUCAUAUUGAAGCAAGAGACUCUGGGAUCCCUCCUCUUAGCAGUAAUGUAACUGUACACAUCAUCAUUCUGGACCAAAAUGACAACACCCCACUCAUAGUGUCUCCAUGGCGUCCGCAAGGCACUGUUAUUGAGGAAAUAAUUCAGAGAUCAACUGACAAAGGAUCCCUGGUCUCCAAGGUUAUUGCGUUGGACGCUGACUCAAUGCAGAACUCCCGCAUAACAUAUCAGUUUCUGCAGAUCACAGACACUACGCUGUUCAGCCUUGACCAGUAUAAUGGUGAGAUACGAACCACACGUAUGUUCAGUCAUAGGGAUCCCAGACAUCAACGGCUGGUCAUCAUAGCCAGAGACAAUGGAGAACCGCCUCGCUCAGCCACGGUGACCAUCAAGAUCUCCACGGUGGAGCAAUUGGUGACGCAGUUUACUGAAACCACAGAGGUGCCUAUUGAUUAUGACUUGUUCACAGAUCUAAACCUGUAUUUGCUCAUUGGUUUGGGUUCAGUGUUGUUUUUGCUGCUCAUCACUAUUCUGGUCAUCAUAGUGCUAAAAUGUCAAGAGCCCAAACAGUCUAAAGCAGCUCCACAUGUUAGGAACAGCAUCGUAAGCCAGAGGAACUCCACCACUGCUGACUCUACACUCAUCUCAAGUGACGCCUAUUGGUACAGUCUGUUUCUGGCAGAGACUAGAAAGGGAAAGGUAGUGGUACGGCAGCCCCUUCCUAACGGGACAGGGUUUAUUGUAUCAAGUAUCCCGGGAAGUGCUGCACUGACUGAGACCAGUGCAUCAAGGUCUUCCACAUUACAGGAGUCUAGCAGUGAUUUACCGUGAGCUGACUGAUGGAUUACAACAUACUACAACUGCCAGACUCUCUGUUCAUGAGGGGACGAUUGAUCAUCUGUUUCGUCAUUACUUUAAGGUUUUACUCAAUUCAAGACUGUAUGUCAGUCUCUUGUAACCAAAUUGAGCAUGACUUUGCAUGGCUAAGUGAAGGAAUUUUUUUUAUAUAUCUAAAAGACUUCUAAAUACACUCUACAAUCGAAGAGAGAGAGAGAGAGAGAAGUCAUACUUCCUGACUACUUGGAAAACUGAACUGAUCAGCAGUGGAAAAAUCUUGUAACAGAGAUCAAAUAAGGGUCAAGGUCAUGUUUAAAUGGAAUUCAUAAUUUUACAUAGUUAAAAAAACAUGCUGACAAGAAAGUUGAGAUGUGAUGAUCUCUGAUGAGCACAAUCUAAUGAGCCAGGCAUAGACUUUACCUCAAAAUAUGCUUUUACAGGAAUGUAGUGGAUAUAUACAUUACAUGUAGAUUAAUAUUCUAUUCUGCUCUCCACCAAAUGUUAAAAAUGAAUUGCCUUUACCAAGUGGAUUUUAUAAAAUACGCUGUUUUAAGACAGGAAAAAAAAAAGAGUGAUCACAUCUGUAUGUCAGCCUUAGCGACAUGUUAAAAUGUACUGAAAACGAAGGAGACAGCAAAAAAUGUUUUCAGAUGCUAGAAUAUUAACAGAAUUAGAAUAUUACCUUGGCACAAAUAGUACAAAUGAACAACCAUGAUAAUAAAAAUAAUGAACACUUAGAUUUUUUUUUAUACAAGAGUUAACAAUUACUUUCAAACUGCUGUUCAUUGUAGUCUUUGGCCUUGUUUAUUGCGAUUUUUAAAAUGUAAUUGUUUUAUAUUAUGAAAAUGAAAAAAAAAAAAGCUUGUCAUCUUUAAUGCUGCUUCUUAUAUGAUGAAUGUGUGAUGUAUUUGUGGUGAAAUAUUUGGCAAAUGUAAAUAUUUUGUUACAGAAAUCAAAAUAGUAUUCCCUCUAUCUUACUAAAGCUGUCCCAAGCAAUUGAGACAUGGAGAUGAGGUGUAGGAGAAACAAAAUAAAAAGAGAGCCAGCAAGGAGAGAAAACAGUAGGAAUAUAGGUUAUUUGGGACAUGUGAACUGAUUAUAGAUGGACACAUUGCUUGCCAGGACACCAACUGUCUGCUAGAAAAAGCCACUGGAGGUAACCUUCAGUAUUCACUGAUAGCAAUGUAAUCCAGUUCAAUCUUGUUUACUUUCAUUUAAGGAAUUUUAGUUCCUAGCAGCAGGCUAGAGCAUUUGGAGAUAAAUAAGAUGAGUAAAAACUGCUGUGUGCCUUUAUCUGUUUGGUUUAGGGUAGACAAAUAAAGUGUGCCUAGAAUUAUAAGUGACCAAAUGGAGACGAUUACUCUGGUCCCCAUCUGAUUAGAACAUUCUACAGCUCUUUUCCCACCAAAUGCUGGUAAAGUCUAUUUAGGCUAUUCAUAAAAAUGUACAUCACAAUCUCAUUAACAUCCCUUGGGUUUCUCUUGUUUCAUUAUUUCUGUUUACUUUCUGUUGCCUUACAUGCAAUAUGCCCUUAUGCAAACAAAUGCCUUUGUGACCUUCUUGGACUGUAUGAUUUAUCCCUUGCUUGUAAAUACAGCAAUGUGAAUAAAAAC